UAUUUAAACCAGUUAAAAGAGAAGCUUUCCGCCAUAAAGUUGAGCUGAUCAAGAAAAAUACAAAGAGAGGGAACAAUAAAAUAUUCCAAGGUGAAGACCAUUAGCCCCAAGAAAUAUUAUCCUCUGUCUCCUCCACUUGCAAAGGCCAUCUGCUUUAUAGUAAUGAAGAAACUCAAGAAGAUAAAAUUUGCUAAGUGUAGAGAAACAUGAGCUAUGGAAAUAGAAACUGCUCUUUCUUCUUGAAUCUCUUCACGUUGCUACUUUUGCUGUUUUGUUAUUCUGCAGAUCUUGCUGCUUCAACCACUUGUCAAAGUGAAUGUGGAAGAGUCUCUAUCCGAUACCCUUUCGGAAUUGGAAAAGGUUGCUAUCUCGAGAAGUAUUACGAAAUUGAAUGUCGUCGUAAUACAACUUCAAGAAAGCCUGUCCCUUUCCUUUCUGCAAUUGGCAAAGAAGUUGUUAGUAUCUCUCCUCCAUCUGAAGAACGUUAUUUUAGUUUCGUAUCAUCUGAUGAAGAUCUUCAUCAAUCAUUUGGGUUAGUUCGUGUCAAAUUCCCGAUUACAUCCACAGGAUGUUUCAGCGAUGGAAACGACGAGUCUGGGGGAUCAACGAUGAACUUCACCGGUACCCCUUUCUUCAUUGACAGCACAAACAGCCUCAUAGCGGUUGGUUGCAACAGCAAAGUCUCGUUGAUGUAUAUAAAGCCAAACAUGGUAGGAUGUGAGUUGAGUUGCAAUACAAGCAAUGACUCGCAUAGCAAUAGCAUCCCUUUUGUCGAAACGGGGUGCUCGAGCAGCGUUUUACCCUAUUCUCAGGAUCAAGAUUGUACAGAAAAGAAACCAGAAGAAACAGGAUGCAAUGGUAACGGAUGUUGCCAGGCAAGUCUACCAAACGAGCCUCAACAAGUUAUUGGUAUAAGAACAGAGAGCAACGAUGGAAACUCGACGUCAAAAGUACAGUGUACAGUCGCCUUCUUAACGGAUGGAAUCUACACUUUGGCGAAUGGGACCAAAACAGAACAGUUACUUUCUAAGCGAUAUGCUACGGUUAGCCUAGGAUGGGUAAUCCAGACGAAAAAUAAUACUUUCCUGAACUCUUUGGCCUGCAAAGACAGAGGAUAUAAGCAAAAUACUACUUACUUAGUUGAGCCUGCAAGAAAGUGUACAUGCGCCAGAAGCACUAUAUCUGAGAUAAGUUAUGUAAAUUGUGGAUGCACAUAUGGUUACAAAGGUAACCCAUAUAUUAGUAACGGAUGCAAAGAUAUUGAUGAAUGUAAAGACAAAUCCCAAUACUGUAAAGAGACAGACACUUGUGUGAAUUACGAGGGAGGCUAUCGCUGUGUGGGCGAUAAGACUAAAGCAAUAAUGAUAGGGGCGGGUUCGGGUUUUGGGGUCUUAGUCCUAGUUGGUGGAGUAUGGUGGUUGAGAAAGUUUUUAAUAAAGAGAAGAUUGACAAAGAGGAAGAAGAAGUUCUUCAAACGUAACGGGGGACUACUAUUGCAACAAGAAUUAAAUACAAGAGAAGGAAAUGUUGAAAAGACGAGAAUCUUCAACUCGAGAGAGCUUGAGAAAGCCACCGAAAACUUCAGCGAAAACAGAGUUCUUGGACAUGGGGGUCAAGGUACUGUGUACAAAGGUAUGCUCGUAGAUGGUAGAACCGUUGCAGUCAAGAAAUCCAAAGUUAUAGAUGAAGACAAACUACAAGAGUUCAUCAACGAGGUCGUAAUUCUCUCUCAGAUAAACCAUAGACACGUCGUCAAACUUUUGGGAUGUUGUCUUGAGACAGAAGUUCCAAUUCUUGUUUACGAGUUUAUCAUCAACGGAAACCUCUUCCAGCAUAUUCAUGAAGAAACUGAUGAUUACACUAUGAUUUGGGGAAUGCGUCUACGCAUUGCUGUGGAUAUGGCAGGAGCUCUUUCUUAUCUUCAUUCUGCUGCAUCUUCUCCAAUUUAUCAUAGAGAUAUCAAGUCAACAAACAUACUACUAGACGAAAAGUACAGAGCCAAGGUGGCUGAUUUCGGAACAUCUAGGUCAGUAACCAUUGAUCAAACUCAUUGGACAACGAUUAUUUCAGGUACGGUUGGGUAUGUGGAUCCAGAGUAUUACCGGUCCAGCCAAUAUACUGAAAAGAGUGAUGUUUAUAGCUUUGGAGUGGUUCUAGCGGAACUUAUUACUGGAAACAAGCCUGUGAUAACGGUACAAAGCACUCAAGAGAUAGUAGCCUUGGCAGAGCAUUUCAGACUUGCCAUGAAAGAGAAGAGACUCUUUGAUAUCAUGGACGCUAGAAUAAGAGAUGACUGCAAACCGGAACAAGUAAUGGCAGUAGCGAAGCUGGCGAUGAAGUGUUUGAGCUCGAAAGGAAAGAAACGUCCGAAUAUGAGAGAAGUAUUUACGGAGCUGGAAAAGAUAUGUACUUCUCCGGAGGAUUCACAGGUGCAGAAUCAGAUUGACGAGGAGGAGGAAGAAGAAGAAGAAGAAGACGAAGUUGUGAAGAUAAUAAACAGAGGUGAUUCUUGGAGCAUUGGUGUUACUGCUCCGGCCGCCUAUAGUACUGUGGCUUCAACUUCUCCUUCGGAUGUUGAACCAUUGUUUCCUCGUAUCACAUGGUGACACUCAAUCAGAUUGUGAAUAAAUUUGAUGUAUCAUAUUAGAACAUAUUGUGUAAUAAAUUUGUAACCCGAAGUCUUGAGUUUGUUGUAAUAAAGAACACUGUAUGCUUGUGUGUUUUUAGAUUAUUUUUUUGUAAAUUAAUCACGGAAGUUACUGUGUAGUCGAGAAACACACGUGGAAGAGCAUUAACGUUAUGUGUCUUCAUCAGAGCACAUCCAUUUUAAUGGCCGAUAGAGUUUUAUGGGUCAUUGACGGAGAGAACUGAUCUCCUCGUCACUAAUUGUGUACACGACGAUGAUCGUGCAAGAGCGAAGCGAUAAGUGUCUUUCUGUAGCACGAAUUAAUUUUUAAGAUUUAGGGUUUCUUGACCCUUCAUAGAGAAAUGGAUAUUAAUGGGAUUACCAACGGAUGGAGAACUUAUGCAACUUCAGAAUGCCAUGGAUCUUUCCUGGGUUUGCCAAGAUCUUACCCUAACACCAUCCUCAGGGAGAGAAUUCAUAUGGGGAAUGUUCAUAGUGGCAAAAGAGCUUUGGUGAUUUCUAAUUCAAAGAAAGCGAAUCUCUCUGCUUCCUCAAAACAGAGAAUCAAGCUACAGAUUAAUGGAGAAAAGGAGCUUACCUUCACUGAGUUCUUGAAACACCCAUCUGGCAUGGAGGCUGUAAUCAACGCUAAGGCGCUGCAGAGUUAUCGUCUAGUUGAGGAUAGUGAUGAUACUUACAGUGCAGAUGUACAUUGCCAAAA